AAAAAAACAAAAAAAAAAAAAGAAAACCCACCGAUCUACAUCUGCAUCUCUCUGGCGGGAGUCCGCAGUCUCGCCGGAGAUCCUCCAUAGAUUCCGGCGGAAGCUAAACACAGGGAGAGAGAGCGAAGGAGUGAGAGAGUGUGCGGGAGAAAACUCGUGAUUAAAGAAAUGAAGUCAUACAAAAAAAAUUAAGAGGGAAGGGGUGCGAGGGUGGUUAACGUGCAAUGCAGGGAAAAGGAAGGCAUGAAAGCAGUGCUUGCAAGGCACAGAUGCCUAGAUGAUGCCUUCGUCAUUCAAUCUCCCUUGCCGUAUGCCGUAAUUUAUUCGAUGUUCUUCGGUUUUUCUCCCUCCCAUCUUCGUUUUAAAUUUCUCCUCCUUUCUUCUCUCAUUCCUCCGUCUUAAUUGCGCUGUCGUCGCCGAUUCCUAACAAGAGUUUGUUUUCUGGAAGGAAAUAGAGUUGUUCUUGUGAGAAAUGAAAAGAUUUCGAGAAAUUUUGUGUGUAUUGAUCCUUUGAUUCAACCAUGCCUUCUAGAAUGAUGGACCUAGGGGGUUUGUCGUCGUCAUCCUUUUUCUCUGAUGAUGUUUGUUUUCCGAUAGAGGGACAGGUUGGGUUAUGGAAGGCGGAAUGCAGAAUGGAUCAGCAUGCUAAUGGGAAAUCAGUUACACCUACAAACCUAGAGAGAAUUAUUCCAGCAGAAUAUCAGAGAAAUGAGUCACUGGGUCUUUACUUAGAUAGUCAUGCAGUGGGAGCAGAGACAGCAGCUGAUCAAUCCUCUACUUUCUUGGGACCGAUCGACAGUGGUCUGGGAAUAAAGUCUGCUUUGAAUGGACAGCAGGCUUCAUAUUUUGCAGAAGGCAAGAAAGUUGAUAUGAUGGCUUCAGAAUAUGAGAAUAAUCUCUUUUCAAGCUCAUUGUCAGAGUUAUUUGGUCGGAAAUUGAGAUUAUCUGCACAUAACUCCCUGUAUGCCCAUUCAUUUGACACUGUUGCCUCCCACUGUGAGGAAGAAGAACCUUUUGAAUCCCUUGAUGAGAUAGAGGCCCAAACCAUUGGGAAUCUUCUCCCUAAUGAUGAUGAUUUAUUUUCUGGAGUGACUGGUGGACUUGAAAUGACUAUUGGACCAAAUUGUAGAGAGGAGUCAGAGGAGUUGGACCUUUUCAGCAGUGUUGGAGGGAUGGAUUUAGGAGAUGAUAGUUCUUCUGUCAAACUAAAAGGAGUUCCUGGGGAAGUUUCUGAUGGUCAGCUUGGUUUAUGUAAUGGUGCAGUAGUAGGAGAACAUGGCCUUUAUGGGCACCCAAGUGGUUCUCCCAGUAACCGAACUUCAGGAUUUUCUGUUGCACAUGCAUCAAACUUCUCUAGCAGCAUGGAUAAUAGAACUAUUUUGGGUGUAAACUCUGCUAUAGGAGCCCCUUUCCUUGAACCAACAUUUCAUUUCAGCACCUCUUCCAGCAAAUCCAACAGCUUGUCCUCAUCUGUUGUGGAAUCAGCUAACUUCCAGGGCCAGUUGAAAUUUGAUGUCCCAGCAGCACCAACCUUCCACCCUAAUUCACUACCAGAGUAUCAGGAUGGUUUAUCUGGAGGCAUUCGCUGCAAUUCUUCUACCCUUGUUGCUGCAAACAUCAAUGUCAAACGUCCAGAAAUAAUUGGUAAUAGGGCCUUGCACAGGGUUAGCUCAAAUGGACAUGCAGUCAAAUUCAAUGAAUGUGGCUUUACAUCUCUUAGCAAUGGGAACCACCUUUUUUCUGGACAUCCUUACUCAUGGAGUAACUCUUAUCACCCCCCGCCCCCAGGCAUCAUGUGGCCUCAACCACCCUCAAUUGUCAAUGGAAUUUGUGCUGCUCAUUCCCCGGGGAGAUUGCAUGGACUUCCUAGGACACCAUCUCAUAUGCUUAAUACAGUAUUACCCAUAAAUAAUCACCAUGUGGGAUCAGCACCGGCUGUUAAUGCUUCACUCUGGGACAGGCAUCAUAUCUCUGCAGGGGAGUCUUCUGAUGCUUCUGGUUUUCAUCCAGGUUCUCUUGGCAGUGUUUCUAAUAACUCUCCACAUACUAUUGAGUAUAUUUCUCCCAACGUCUUCCCUCAUGUUGGUGGAAACCACAUGGACCUUUCAAUGCACCAAAAACAUGUUGGAUUCCAAUCACUUCAUCCAAGGCCCACAAUGUUUAGUGGGAGAGGGCAAGUUAUUCCAAUGAUAAAUUCAGUUGAUUGUCCUCAUGAACGAGCUAGAAGCCGGAGAAAUGAGGGCAGUGUCAAUCAGGUAGACAAGAAACAGUAUGAACUUGAUAUUGACCACAUAAUGCGAGGGGAAGACAAGCGAACAACACUUAUGAUAAAGAACAUUCCUAACAAGUACACCUCAAAGAUGCUUUUGGCUGCAAUUGAUGAACAUCAUCGAGGAACUUACGAUUUCAUUUACCUGCCAAUUGAUUUCAAGAAUAAAUGCAAUGUGGGGUAUGCAUUCAUCAAUAUGAUUGAACCAAGCCAUAUCAUUCCAUUCUACGAGGCAUUUAAUGGAAAGAAAUGGGAGAAGUUCAAUAGUGAAAAGGUGGCAUCACUUGCCUAUGCUCGCAUACAAGGAAAAGCAGCUCUCAUUGCACAUUUCCAGAAUUCGAGCUUGAUGAAUGAGGAUAAGAGAUGCCGACCGAUACUCUUCAAUACUGAGGGACCCAAUGCAGGUGAUCAGGUACCCUUCCCAAUGGGAGUAAAUGUUCGUACAAGGCCUGGAAAACCUCGUUCAAACUUCAAUGAGGAGAACCAUCAAGAAAGCACUACAAAUUUGUCAAAUGGAGAGAAUCUUUCUAACGAAGAAACCUGUUCUGAAAAGGAGUAGGCGAGGCAAGCCCUUUAUUUUUGUGGACACUAACCUUAAUAGGUAUGAGUAAAUAUAAAAAAGCGUCCAUCGCAAACUCUUGAUGAUAAAUAUUGGGUUAGAUGCACAGAGAGAGAAAUUCCAACCAAAAAAUAUGAGAGAAUGUAUGCUUAGCCAAAAAAACUCGCGUGUUUUAUGAACUUUCUUCGGACUUACUUCAAUUCUGAAAGUGAAGUAUCAGAUGGAGCUUCAAAAUUUUGAAUGGUUUUGAGAGUAAAAUAUUGGAGUAUAUAUGUAUAAUAGUUUCUGGGAAUCUGGCAAUUGAAGAGAUAACUUUGACACCGCUGGAGAGGCCAGGGAGAUCCUUGGCAUUUUCACUUUUCAAGUUUUGUAUUGAUAUCCAGUCCAGGGCCUUUAUUCUGAGCUUUUGAUUUGGUGGUUUAUGGUAUCUUGUAUCUUCUCUUCUGAAAGAAUUGAUCCUUCCGUGAAAUGUUUGUUGCUUAUUUUCUCUGAACCUCGAAACUCCAUUUUGUAUCUAUUUCAUAUCUAUCUAUUCAGUUCUAUUUCACAUUUGAAAUCUGGUUUAUUUGAGUUUUACAAUAUCUUCCUCUCCUAUCGUGCCUAUUCCCUGUUAUCCUAAUAAUACCAAAGGAUUAGG